UGCAGACUGCUUCUUAAAACAUUUGUAAAGGAAUGGGUCGCUCUCAGGAGCUCAGUGGAUUCAAGCGUAGUACCGUGAUAGGUUGCCACCUGUGUAAUAAGUCCAUCUGUGAAGUUUCCUUGCUACUAAAUAUUCCAUGGUCAACUGUUAGAGGCAUUAUAACAAGGUGGAAUCAACUGGGAACAACAGCAACUCAGCCACGAAGUGGUAGGCCAUGUAAAAUGACAGAGCGGGAUCAACACAUGCUGAAGCGCAUAGUGCGCAGAAGUCGCCAACUGUCUGUAGAGUCAAAAGCUAAAGACCUCCAAACCUUGUGUGACUUUCAGAUUAGCACAAAAAACAGUGUGGAACUCUUAAGGCAUAUGAGGGUGGCCUGUUCCUGUUCCAACAUGACUGCGCACCAG